GCGCGAAGGUCGCCCAAGAAGAGCCGUGUUGGUGGUGAGGCUAAAGGAGGGAGAGAUGGACUCGGUGGAGGAGCUACGAUAUCAUGCGGAGGACUGGGUUGGCAUCUUGGAGGAGGGAUACAAGCAGCUGCAGAUGGUAGUGGAGGUUCUUGCGCGGCAGCAGCAGGAAGGGAGGGAGAUCGAUGGGGGGGCGAUCUCGAAGGGGCGGUGGUUGGAGGAUAGGGCUCAGGAGAUGUUAGACAUCAUAUGGGAGCUGGAGGAGGGGCCGGAUCCCCGGCUUCAUGGCUACAUCGAUUGGAGGCGAGCAGAGGAUAGGAUGCGGGCUUGCAAAUCCCUCUUUCCACUGGGGUGUGACCUGCGCGAUCAGAUGGGGGACAGGCAGAAAAGUGGAGAGAUGGGCGAGACGGGCGACAAUGGUGACAAGGACGACGGAUUGCAGGGAGGUUGGGAGGCCAGCGGCUGUGACAACAGCGAUUACAACGACAACAACGAAUACAACAACAACAACAACAACAACAACAACAACAACAACAACAACGACGACAACGACAUUGACAACAAUGACUACAACAAGUUCAACAACAACAACAACAACAACGACAACGACAUUGACAACAAUGACUACAACAAGUUCAACAACAACAACAAUAUCAACGGUAAAGGCGUCAUUGACGACACUGACGACUAUGGAAGCGGCUGGGGUUGGCAGAGAGACGCAGGUGGCCGUAGGGGAGACUAGGGUUGGCAUGAGAAAAGGGUUUGCUAUCUUUCCCCCCCCCUUCCCCCCCCCUUCCCCCCCCCUCGAUACUAGUUGUGAUGUCAUCAUUCCCCUCUCCAACUUUGAAAUGGAACUCCUCUUGCUGGUUUGGUUGAGGAUAGGGGUGGGAUAGCUGUUGAUGGUCGAUGUUGCUCGGCCCGGCCCGAAACAUCGAUUAGCAAUGGGGGGCAGAUUGCCCCGUUGCUUUGCGGUGGGCUGGUUAGGGAAUAGUUUGUAGGAGGUUCCUCCUUCUCUACGAAGGAAAGUGAUCCAUACUCGCUGGCUGGUUCACAUGGUAAUGUAUAUUGCGACAUAUUAGGGUUAACAAUGCAGCAGGUUAAUCCUCCUCUGGUAUGGGGGAGCAAUCAAUGCCUCUGCAUAGA